AUGGGUGCCAUGUACUCCGUGGCGUGGGUGGACGCUGGGCACAGGCUCCAGACGCGGCCCGACGCCGCGGGCGGACUUUACCCGGCGUGGCACGCGCGGCUCCUCUUCCGCGUCCACGAUGCAGCGCUAGCCGACGACUCCCACGCUGCCGUCACCGUCGAGAUCUACGCGGCUGCCGCGGGCUCUUGGCACCUCGGCGGGGACUCCCUCGUAGUCUCUGCCCAGUUCCUGCUCGGCGACCACCGCCUCCUGUCCCGCCCUGUCGGGUGCCCCUCCAUGUUCGCGGUCGGCGUUCACCGCCCCUCCGGAAGGGUCCACGGCCUCCUCAACCUGGCCGCAAGCCUCGUCGCGGUGCCGCCUUCCGCGGCCGCCUCCCACGCCCUCCGCCUCUCCCCCGCCGUCUCCCUCAGCGGCCUCUCCGUGACACCCACCCCAAGCCACGUGCGCGGCGUCUUGAACCGCGCGCACCCUACGCCUCCACCGUCCCCAAAGGUGCUUACGCCCAAGAAACGGCAGUUUGCGGUCAAGCCGAACAAUAAAGGCGCGGACGAUGGGAGCGAUGACGAGGGGGAGGAGGAGGCGAGGGGGAUGGGCGGGGUGAUCUUCUGCGGACCUUUCGUCUUACCAUUCCCAAGAAAGAUACACAGUAGCCCCUCCGACGAGAACCUUCAGGCCUUCGCUGGCAUCUUCUCUGGUGGACUCAGGCAUUGUCGAACGGAGCCCUCAUUGUCGGGGAGUCCAUGCGAAUAAGUUCCAUUCUUUCAGUUGAUUUCUUGUGGAGAUAACCUGUUUCAUGUUUUUGUGGGUGAUUAGCUUCUUGACUCUGAGGGUAUAGUGCUGAGUUGUAUCAUAGCAUCUCUUGUGAUCACUGGAAGUACAUUACAUCAAAUUUUGUGUGGAUUCAAUGGAAUUGUAGAGUUCUAGUGCCACAUGGGUGAACCUUUGAAAUUCUUUUGUUGGUAUUUUGUCUGUGGUGUUGGAAGAAAGCUGCUGCUUGCCCAACAUGGAUUGGUGAUUUCAGUGGGAACAAUACUCGCAGCAUUGACUAAGUCUCUUUAUUUACAUACAUAUCUUGAUGGUAUUUGUUGUUGUUAUCUUUCAGUUUAGUUUUGUUUUUCCAGCACUGACAGUGUUUUGCUGCCAAGGAAUAGGUAUUGGACUAUGCAUGGCCUUUUAGCUUUCCUGAUGCUCUUAGCUGCACUGUGAGUUGCUGUUGGUUGGUUGGGUUGUAGACU